AUGGCCAAUAGCAACCCACCAUCCCACGAACAACUUAAAAAGGACCUUAAGAAGGAUGCCGAAAACACCAAAAAUAGAGCUGCUGCUGAUGCUAAGGAAUUGAAAGACCAAGGUCAAGCCAAGGCUCAAGAAUUGAAGAAGGAAGGAAAGGCCAAAGCUCAAGAAGUUAAAAAGGCAAGUGAAGAAGAAGCCGAGGACUUGAAGCAAGCUAGCAAAGAAUUGCUCGAAGCUGCAAGAGAAAGAGGUGAAGUUAUAUACGAUGCUGCUUCAGAAAAAGGACAAGAAGCAUACGAAGCCACCAGAAAGGAAUUGGACCGUUUGGAAGAGGAAGGUAAAUCCUUAUUUUCAAAAAUUAGUGCAUCAAUACAAAGGGGUGCUCAACAAUUUGGACAAUUUUUGCAAAAAUCAGGUGAAAAUAUUCAAGUUGGUGUUUCUCAAGCUGCAUCUAGAACCGCUAUUGAAUUACAAAACCCAGUUGUUGUAACUCAAUUGUUUGUUAUUGCCGGUGGUGCUGCUGCUGGUUAUUUGGGCUGGAUAGAAAGAUACAGAAUUAGGAGUGACCACAACCUUGUUGUUGGUAUCCAUGCUUCUGUCAUCACCGGUUUGGUUUUACUUGAUGGGUUUUUGUUCAACAAGUUCUACCCACAAUACGACAGGAAAAGAACCACCACAACCAAGUAA